AUGGCGUCUUUACAAACACGAAAAUUAUGCUCCACUGCUGGCUCCUGUAAACAAACCGCUGCCACGAAUUGUGAGGGUUGCUUACAAUCUUUUUGUACUAAACAUUUCAUUGAUCAUCGCAAUGCACUCAGCGAAGAAAUGAACGAUAUCAUUAGUGAAUAUAAUUGUCUUAAAAGUACAUUUGAUCAAUCAGCAGAACCUGAUUCACAUCCAUUUUUCAAAGAUAUUGAUCAAUGGAAAGAAGAUUCCAUUACGAAAAUUCAACAAAAAGCACAAGAAUUACGCAUCGAGCUAUUUCAACUAAUAGCAAUACGUAAAGCUGAAAUUCUGGAGAAACUUCAACAAGCAUGUGAAGAAAUCAAAAAUAGUCAAGAAAUUGAUAAUUUCAUAGAGUUAGAUCUUCUACAAUGGAAAACUACUCUACAAAAUCUAAAAGCAAAAUGUGAUCCAACGUUAGCGUUUUCAUUGGAGCCACGUGAUGAUUUACCAGUAGUGCACAAUGUUUCUGUCAUAUUUACAUUAGAUAACGAACUAUUUGGACAAGUAUUUGACAAUGCCGUGCAAAUACAACAAAAUGGAGAAAUAGCAAUUCAUGAUGCGUCACAUAAUUACACGGAAAUUCGAGGAAAAAAUGAAUAUACCACAGGUCGUCAUCGAAUUCGUUUAUGCAUUGAUCAAUCUGCUGAUAGUUGGACAUUUCUAGGUAUUAACUCAAAAUCAACACUUUUACAAAAACAAUCCAGUAGCUCAAAAUCAGCCUAUGGAUGGACCAAUAAUAACUAUAUUUGGUCAAAUGGAGGAUGUCAGCCAAACAAAUCUGCUGCUCGUAUUGAGAUGAAAAUGAAUGAUAUGAUUACUUUAACUUUUGAUUGUAACCAUCGUAAAAUUUCGAUGAUCAAUGAGCGAACACAGGCAAACUAUGAAUUGCUUGUCAACAUUGAUCAUUGUCCAUUUCCUUGGCAAUUUCAUGUUAAUCUGUAUGAAGCCAACAGUCGUAUACGCAUUUUAUCAACUUAA